GAAAUAGCAAGGACAUGGUGGUUUACUGUGGCAAAGAUUGCUGAGGGAUUACUCUCACAGUUAAAUGGAAACAAAUAACGAGACGUGGAUGAAUGAAUUCAUUCUCCUGGGACUGUCUAAUUCUCCAUUAGCAUUUAAUGGAAACAGAUAAUCAGACUUGGGUUGCUGAGCCAUGCAUUUCUAUGAAGAGUAUUUUGCUUCCUAAUCACAGUUUUGCUCAUUAUUCAGCUGAGCAAAGGAAAAUGAAGGAUCAAUAGGUUCGAUAAAUCUCAGCUGGCCUUUUUAAUAUCAACGGAUUAAAAACUGGAAGGAAUUCUUAGAGAUUCCCAUCCUCUCGGCCACUCACUUCAUUUGACAAAGAAAUAGAAGCUCAGAAAGAGAAAGUGACAUAGCUGACAAGGAGUGUGUCAUAUUUCUCCUGCCUUCUCUAUGUUGUAUAUGGACUUGUCAGAAUGACCUUUUCUCCAUCAAUGGAGGAACUGAGAUCAAAGUAGUUAAAGAAUUCCCUAAGAUCAUACAGAACUUGGAUUCAACGACAGUGUUCUGAUUCCAAAUUCCUUCCCUUCCCUUCCAUUUCAUUCCUUUCCUUUUUUUAUUUUUAGACACUUGACAAUGGACAGUAAGCAAAGGAUAAUUUCAGGGUGGGGAAACUAUUUUUUAAAAAUUAAUACCUACUCAAGCAUCUUUGUAGGCAUAAGAUAAGGAUCCAGUAGAAAGGGAGGGAUAGAACAUUCAUGAAAAGAAGGAAGCAAUUAUUUUUUAAACACCUACUGUGUGCUACCAUAAGUACUUUUCAAAUAAUUUAUUUGAUCUCUGGGAAGUAGGUGCUUUUAUUAUCUCAGCCUAACAGUUAAGGGAACUGAAAUAGAGGCCAAAUGAUUUCUCCCAGACCACAUAGUUGGAAAAUGUCUGAGGCCAGAUUUGAAUUUAGAUCUUCCUGAAUCCAGGUCCAACACUUAUUCAUGGAACACCCAGCUGUCUCUGAAAGAGUUAUGUAAGUCCAUGCUUAUGCCUGAGGAGAAUACAUUUCUUUGAAAAGCUGUCAGCUUGGUUUUUAAAAUCAAUGAUUUUUUUCUAUUUCCACCUCUUCCCAUAGAAUCCCUCUCUUUAAUGGGAACAGAUAACCAGACGUGGUUGAGUGAAUUCAUUCUCUUGGGGGUGUCCGGUGACCGAGGAACCCAGCUCUUUCUCUUUGUACUUUUCCUGAUUAUGUACCUUAUGAUUGUAUUGGGAAACAUUCUCAUAGUCAUCCUGAUUCGACUGGAUACCCGGCUCCACACGCCCAUGUACUUCUUCCUCACCAAUCUCAACCUUGUUGACGUCUCUUAUGCCACCAGCAUUGUGCCCCAAAUGUUGGCACAUUUCCUGAAAGAAGAGAAAACAAUUCCAUAUGUGAGCUGUGCUGCCCAGCUCUUUUUCUCUCUGGGCCUGGGUGGGAUUGAGUUCCUUUUGUUGGCAGUAAUGGCUUAUGAUCGCUAUGUGGCAGUUUGCGACCCACUGCGUUACUCAGCCAUCAUGCAUACAGGGUUGUGUGCCAGACUGGUAGCUGCCUGUUGGGCCAGUGGCUCCCUGAACUCUCUCAUGCAGACAGCCGUCACUUUUCAGCUUCCCAUGUGCACAAACAAUGUCAUAGACCAUAUCUCAUGUGAAACUCUAGCCCUGGUCAGGUUGGCCUGUGUGGACACCUCCUCCAAUGAGGUUGCAAUUAUGGCCUCCAGCAUUGUUUUGCUUAUGACUCCAUUCUUGCUGGUUCUGCUGUCCUAUAUCAAGAUCAUCUCUACUAUCCUGAAGAUCCAGUCCACAGAGGGAAGGAAGAAAGCCUUCCAGACCUGUGCCUCCCACCUGACAGUGGUGUCUCUGUGCUAUGGGAUGACCAUUUUCACAUACAUUCAGCCCCACUCAAGCCCCAAUAUCCUUCAGGAGAAGAUGAUCUCGCUGUUCUAUGCUCUCUUAAUACCCAUGCUGAACCCUCUGAUUUACAGUGUGAGGAAUAAGGAAGUGAAGGGGGCCUGGCAGAAACUGCUAGGGCAAUUCUAUGAGUUAAAGUCAAAGCUACCAUUUUCAUGAGUCACACAAAGAAACAGCUGUGUCUCUGGACUCUCCCUCCCAGAUGGAAUGUGACAAGCACUAUCCACAUCAUUGGCACUCCUUUCAAAUGAUGGGAAAACAUUAAUAGUUAUCUUCAGAUAAUUGGUAGUAGGGAGGUAGCCUGGUGGGUAGUACCUAAGCACAUUUAAAAAGAUUUAAUUUUCCAUGACUGCUUUCU